AUGGUGCCGUUGUGUCAUACUUCCAGUCGUGCUCAUGAAAGCAAGUAUGUCUGACGGCGACGGGCAAGGCCGGCGGAUCAGUGAGAAGGAUGUCCAGAGCGCCGGUGGAACGCGAUACUGAUCCCUCUGACAAUAUUGUGAGCAAGUUCCACAUCCUCUUUGCGUUCCUUGAUGACAUGCCUCGUGGGGUGGGCAUCGUAUCUGUGGUGGACGAGUCGCGCGUGGCCUGCUGACAAUCCUGCCGCUAUUGCACAGUUCCACCAUCACUGGUAGAGGCCCUAUUAAAGCUUUGGCGUCAAAACCUGUCUGCUUUGCCGUCCGACCUCUCUCCUUCGUGGCUCGCUUGUUCCCUCACCGUUCCCUCUCUUUUCGCUCGAGUCGCCGCCUCCAUUGACGACACGGCCACAAUGUCGGACGUUGAAGACACGCUCGACUCCUUUAGCGCCACGGAUUUUCCGCUGGGAAAUGAGUGGUACCCACCACCCACCACCCACCAGGGCCUCCCGCCCCAGCAUCACGACCCGGCCAUCAGCUUGGACACACCAGGCGCCAUUUCCCCGACCCACUCGUCAUCGAAACCGCCUGCGCACGCUAGCGGUGAAGGCCCUUCGGUGGCUUAUGUCGAAACGGCCAACGGCAUCCAGCCGAGCGUGUACGGAUAUUACCGCACUGGAUUCAUCGCAGACCAGACGUUGCCUCCGCCCGUAGCCACCACUGCUACAUGGCGGACCGAUUUCGCUGACCACGGAACUUCCGCCGCUUCUAUACAUCCUCAGGAUCACUGGUCGCGCCGUGACCAUUAUCCUGGUUUAGGCAAUGGCUAUGACCCAUCCACCGGUUCCUCUACCGGUACCUUGAACGGAAUGUAUUCUGGCAGUAUCCAGCCAGCCACCGCAUAUUUGUAUGGGCAGUCCGACCAACGCCAGAUUCAUCGAGCAUCUCGGCCGACCUCUGACGUCAACACAUCAUACCCUCCUGUACAUUCUGCUCGUGCAUCUGCAUACCCGACUCAAGUCGCCGCACGUGCAGGGCCUUCGUACGGUGGUUUGGCCAACGUCGACUUCGAUCACCAGGGUCAGAUAGUGAACAGACAGCUCAGGAAAGGGACGCGGUUCAAUCCCUAUGGUCGAGCUUUCAAGAACGACGUCCCCAGUGGUAUACCCGCUGCAACGAAUACUGUCGCCUAUGACAAUCCGAUCGAUAACGGUCGUGAUGUCGGUCGUGAUGUCGUCUCACAGUAUCCAUUCAUCUCUAAUACGAUCCGAGUAUCUGCCAGUGUCGCACUGCAGAAUGAGGACGGCGCGUCUACGCAGCUGGCCGACGCACCAUAUCCCGCGAAUAUUUUCAGUAGCGUUCCGCAGAACCUUGUUGAUGCCAUGCGAUCCUAUGGGCGAGUCAGCGAAACCGACGAGUCUGGCGUUUCCGACCUCACCCACCACCUCGGCAGAAGAGACGGGGCUGCCGGCUUCGCUUCCGCCGGCUUCAAAGACUCGCGAGGCAUUCAUGUUUCUCUGCCGAUGGGGGAUGUGGACCGUCAGGGCUUCGAUGGCUCCCUGAUGUACGCGCCCAACCGUGGCAACACGGAGACGGAUUUCACGUGUGGUAGCUCGAUUCCGGCAGGUUCGUCCCCUGUGACGGCAUCUACGCCCGCCUCUGCGUCCAAUGGCACUUCGAGUGGGGCCAACACACACGCCGCCCGACAUGCGUUCUCGUCCACGCUGUCGACAGCUGGCCUAGUCGCUCCGCGUCCAGUCUGGCCGCAUUCCGUUAUGCCAGAUCCGCCCGCCGUACGCCUGAGCGGACCGCUUCCCGAUGCUGCUCUCGGCUCUACUAGUGGUGCUCCAGUUGAUGCAAGCUACGCGGCUUACAAGACGCGUGGCCGGGGCAUCCGGUACCAAAGUGUGCGCAAACGAGCUCGUCGCCGAAGCUCCGCUCCGCUAUCACCCGACUCUGGCUUUGCAGAGGGCAGUACGCCUGAUACGUUUUUGACGAUGGAACAGGCUAAUGAGAGUGACCGCGCCAUCUACGCCGAGACGAAGACUAUCAAUCACUUCUGCUGCAUCAACUCUUGCAACCACGACUUUCGCUCAAAAACCUACCAUCAGGCCUGCCAGCACCUCAAUAUGUGCAUUGGGUCUUAUCUAGCCUGCACAACUGUGAAUCCCCAUGGACCAGUUCAAUGUCCGUGGGAACAGGGUGGAACUCGCUGCCAAACGUGGAUCAAAAUCGAUAAUCAUGGCGUGAAGAGGCACAUUGUAAAGAAGCACUUCAAGAAGUACGAAGUACGAUGCCGUCAAUGUUCCGCUAUCUUCGCCUCCAAGGACUCCUGCGAGCGACAUAUCAAGCGGGUUUGCAAUGUCUCGUACAAACCAUCCGUAAGUGGCUAGUGCGUGGAGCAUGAGAUCGGAGGCCUGAAUAGAUAGGUACUAUUAGCAUUGUACUUUCAUCUAUUAUGUAUUUAUACAUUCCCUGCUCCCUUCCCCGCAGCUAAACCCUCCGAGUCGGUCUUGCCCUGUCUUUGAAGGCCUUGAACGGGGCGCCGAGAACGAAGGAUCACU